AUGGCGGAAUUUCGCAAAUGUUUUGAUAAUCUGGACACGGAGAAACGUGGAGUGAUUACUAUUGAUGAUUUGAGAAAUUAUAUGCUUAAAAUGCACUAUAAAGAGACAUUUUUACAAAAAUGGAUUGAAUUGUUCGAUCCUGAGCAUACUGGACUUAUUACAUAUGAACAGUAUUGUAAGACACUUGGUCUGAUACCAAGGAAACGAACGACGAGUAAAACUAUGCCGACUGAUUCAUCUCAACCAUCGAUUUCAUCGAAUUCUACGUCUCCUCAAUCGGUUGAAUCAUCCAAGGAAGCAAAUGGGGACAAUACUGCUGCUUCAAAACAAGGCUCUCAGCCAAGUGAGUCAAGCACAACGCGUACACAGCCACCAUCAUCAAAAGAACCAAGUUUUGUCCAGGAUGCUGACCAGAAGAAAUUAUGUACUCAUAUUCAUGAAGAACAAAAAAUUAAGAUUACUAUUCAUACAGUAGAGAAAUGUUCAACAGAUCUGUCGCCAGCACCGCCGCCACCGCCUGUUGAUGGCAAAAGUGUACCAGAAAACAGCAGGAGCAACAACAACAAGAUCGAAGACAUUCCACGGAAAGAUGCUGUUCACCAUCAAGAAGAAAGCCAUGAUGAGAUUCGAGGAGUGACAAAUAAUGCUAAAAUAAUUCCUGUACAUCAAGAAAAAUUGAAUAGACGAAAACGUAAGUAUACAGAUGAAAGGUCUGAAGAUUCGGCUAGUGGACGAAGUGUUCUUACCGCCAAUGAUGGUGAUAAAAUCCCCAUAGAUAACUCAAAGCUCAAUGCCACAAUUCAUCAGACAAUAUGUAGCGAAACGCUUAUUAUUGAUCAAAGUACACUUGACCCUGUGCAGAACUUGAAACCAAAUGAAGAGAUGCACUCCUCUACCUCAUCAUCGUCUGUUGGACAGCUGCUGAGUCUGCACCAUCAGCCGGUGAAACCACAAGAAGAACAGUCAUCAACGGAACAGCCUCAUAUGAAUGCUUCUAAUAAAUCUACGAAAAAGCAUAAGAAAAAGAAGAAACAAGCGUUGGAGGUGCCGGAACAGAAGACUACAGAGACAGGUACUGCUGAAGAAGUCCAUUGUGAAUCAACGCCAGGUCUUGUCAGAAGUGAGCUAAAUGAUAUAGCCAUGCUUGUAGACGAGGAGUGUUUGAUCAAGGCUUCAGAGGAAACAGUGAUUCUUGAGAACUAUUAUCAACAAAAUGUAACUUUAACUACUACUAAUACUACUACCAAUAUGAAUAUGGAUGACGGUAAUCUUGAAAACAACGGACAAGCUGUCAAAGUGAUGGCUAAACCAAAAUCACCACUUAUUAAUAAUAAUAAUAACAAUAAUAAUACUGAAUUGCACUUCACAAGCCUUGUUUCCCCGAUGUCUCCAAUGACAUCCAUAUCAGCAAUGAGUAUUUCUAUAGACAGUGGACACAGUGGAUCGAACGAUACCACACUUUCCUUAGUAGAAAGAUCCACCUUGGAGACAGACGCUUCAUACACUACUAUGUCAGCGAGUCCACAAGUAUUUGAUAGUAGCAGUCGAAUAUCAACGCCUUCGUCAACAUCGACUAGCAUGAUGGCGGUUGAAUCGAAUCAACCCUCCAAGUGGUUGUCAUCUGAUGAAGUAGUAGUGGUAGCACCUCAAAAACACGGCGACAUCUGUGCCGAAACCUCACAUGAUCAAAAGAUUCCAAAACAAGAAGGGAUUGGGAAAGCGGGUAAAAAGGCGGAUAAGAAAAAAAAGGGGAAAACAUCUCCAGAUACGACAGAGUCACAAGUGGUGGUGGGGACUGAUAUUCCUCUUGUAGAUUCUCAUCCUGAUGAAUUUAUUCAAAAGUCGGUUAUUCAGUCGUAUGCUGUUCACACUAUUAAGCAUGAUUUUGACAGUGUGAAUAAUGAUGAUACUGUCAGCCCGGCAGAAAACCGAGAAACACCAUCAGAGCCUCUGAUUAUUCCAAGGAUAAUUAACUCAAUGUAUACAAAAACACAUGAAGAAUUUGAUCAUGAACCGACUGAACCGACUGCACUUUCAACAAAACUAUCAGAGAUUGAGGUGGAUUCUGCCCAAGUAGUCAAUAAUCAAUCGUCGAAGAAGGAGUCAAAGAAAAGCAAGAAGAAACAUCAAAAAAUCAAUGAGGAGAUCAAUAAAACUGUAGAUCCUGACUUCAGUACAACUGAUAACUUUGAUCAGAUAAUAUCGAUUCCAGAGAGUACUGCAUUAUCUAUUGAAGAGGAAAAAUGGCGGCAGGAGACGUCAUUACAAGCUGCAGUUGAAGAACAUUUUCAACAAACUAUUGUUCUGAAUACUUCAAUAGAUGAGGUGAAAAUACAUCCGACGGACACCACCAUGUGUGAAGUGGUUGGUGAAGACCUCGAGUCAGAUACUCUCAUAUUACCAGCAACUGAAAUAGGCUCUACACAAAUAGUUAAUCAGGCAUCGAAGAAGGAAUCAAAGAAAAGCAAGAAGAAACACCACAAAAUUAAUCAAGAAAUCGAUAAAACUGUAGACCUUGACUUCAGUACAACCGACAGCUUCGACCAGAUGAUAUCGAUUCCAGAAAGUACUGCACAGACUGUUGAAGAGGCGAAAUGGCAAGAGUUAAAUUUACCAGAUUGUCAGACAUCAUUACAAGCUCCAAUCGCCGAACAUAUUCAAAAGACUGUUGUGAAUACUUCAGUGCAUGAGAUAAAAGUGCCCUCGGUAGAUGACACCGCACAUAUCGUAGACGUCCAGUCAGAUAUUUCCAAGUUUCCAGUAACUGAGAUAGAUUCUACACCAAUAGUAAAUCAGGAGUUGAAAAAGGAAUCGAAGAAAAGCAAGAAGAAACAUCAAAAAAGCAAUCAGGAGAUCGAUCAGACUGCAGACGCCGACUUUAAUACAUCCAACAGCUUUGACCAGAUAAUAUCGACUCCAGAAAGUACUGCACAGCCUGUUGAAAAGGCAAAAUGGCAAGAGUUAAGUUCUACAAACUCUCAAACACCGUUACAAGCUCCAGUCGAAGAACAUUUUCAACAGACUUUUGUUUUAACUACCUCAGUUGAUGAGAUGAAAGUACACCCAAUGGAUGACACUGUAAAUGAUUUAAGUCUUCAGUCAGGUAUUUCCAUGUUACCACAAACUGAGUUCGAUUCUACUACACCAGUAGGAAAUCUUCCGUCGAAGAAGGAAUCAAAGAAAAUAAGAAAAAGCAUCAGAAAGCCAGUGUGGAGAUCGAUAAAACUGUAG